UGAUUUAUAUGCAGGUACCGCACGGAUGCUUCAUGUGCUCCAGAUACGAUGAGCACAGGCAUUUUCAAACAAAUCUUACGACAAGGGGUGAUGAAUCCGUUUAGUAAUUAUUAAAUUCAAGAAGAGGAAAAUGAGAUCAAAAUCGAUCAUAUUAUGUAUUGUGGUUGUGCCGGCUGUUCCAAUGAUGCUGCUCAAGGGUGGUGUACUAGAUGAAGGCGUACGGAACAGAUGCUCAGAGGAAUGGCGACGUCUCCAAAAACCCAAACGGGCAUCUUCAACGCGCGCAAAUCGCACCGGCAACUCACACCAGGCCAGCGAGCAAAGGACCAAGACGGCCUCUGCUCAAGGCGCUGGUGGAGCGUCGCUAUUUGCACGCAGACUAGUUGACUUGACACGGAAGAGCGAGUUCGAGGCAACUUAAGAGUGUGCAGAUGGGCAACAACACGAAAAACAACAUAA